UCAAGCCUAAAUCAGCCGUCACUGUACUGAGUUAUGUAACUAAGCUAAUUAGCUUGUAGCUAUGACUUUAUGUUAGCAUCCGCUGUUUGAGCUCCUGAGUUGAACUAAUGGCCACUAUGAGUUGUGUCCUCGAAGGAAAUCGCGUAAAAGCAUUUGGAAAGGCUAUUCAUGCCCUGUCACGGAUCGGAGAAGAGCUGUGGUUGGAUCCCAUGGUUAAAGGGUUGGCGCUGAGAUCAGUGAACUCUGCUCAUUCUGCAUAUACCUGCUUCCUCUUCUCGCCAAUGUUCUUCCAGCACUACAGCCUGGGAUCUGGAUCGGAGCAGGGCAGUGCAACCAUCAAAUGCAAACUGCUCAUGAAGUCUGUGCUACCACUUUUCCGGGGUUUGAAUUCAAUUGAGCGUAAUGUGGAGCGAUCCCAGAUAUCAAUCAGCACUCCCAGUGACCGGGUGACGAUCCAGUUUUUCUGCAGACAUGGCAUCACUAAGACCCACAACCUUCACUUCCAGGAGAGCGAGGCUCUGCAGGCAGAGUUUGCCUCACACCUCUGUCCCAAUGUGCUGAAGGCACCUGCCAGACUUCUCGGUGAUAUGGUGAUGCAUUUCCCAGUGUUCCAGGAGGAAAUCACUCUCUCCAUGAUGCCUCUGAGUGUCAGUUUUAGAAAUUACUGUGAGGCGGGAAAUGAUCACAUGAAGAUGAUGUACACUGAGAUGUCCUUACACCCAGACGAGUUUGACUACUUUCAGGUCGGAGUGGACUCGGACAUAACUUUCUGUCUGAAGGAGUUGAGGGGUUUUCUGUCCUUUGCAGAGUCACAUUCCCUACCAGUGUCUGUCCACUUCGGUGCUACAGGAAAUCCUGUGCGUUUCUACAUCAAGGACAUGGUCCUGGAAGCCACUGUGGUGCUGGCUACUCUGAUGGACUCUGAAAAGAGGGGCCCCUCUCAGCCUAUAGGGCCCCCACACCCAUCAUCACCCAGGUGUGCAGAUGCCGCUGCUCUACCUGCCGUUUCUUAUGAGGCCGACGGCAGUAAGCCACAGGAUAUCCCUGCUGUGACGGAGCUGAUCACAUCCAGCCAGGGCAGCCCCAUCAUCAACCCACCAGCUCUGAUGCAGCUUCUAUCUCCGGUGGACGACCCUGACAGACUCAGUGUAUCAGACGAGGCCUGUCCCAGUGCCACCACAACUCCUGCUUCCACCAUGAUCUGCUCCCUCCUGUUCAGAGCCUUGUCGUCAGAGCAGGACGAUGAUGGUUGUGCUGCCAGACUGCCUGUUCUGGCAUGUCACAGUGACGCAGAGGAAGAUAUGGAAGAAGACUACAGAAGAAGCCCUUCACUCUGAAAACCGACUGAAGGGACCAGAACUCGUUUCUCAUCUUGACUUUUUGUGCUGCUGCCAAAACGCGCACCACACAGUUCAAGGGCAGUCAUAGCAAUUUAAGAUGAUACCAAUAUAUGUAUUGAGUUCACUUUGCAUUUUAAGUUAGUUGUGGGCAUUUUGUUUGUAACUCACACGUUGCUUUGGUUGUUUAAAUUAUUUUCAGACUUAAGUGUCAACACUAUGUUCAGUUGGAAAUGAAAGAUAAUGUAUUUACAGUGAUGAUUUAUCAUAAAGUUUAUAACAAUA